AUGGCAAUGACCGACAGCAGCGUGAGCUCACGGACGUCUACUUCGGCUCCCCAGUCUUAUCCCUGCUUCAACUCCAGGCACAGCUUCCCCACGGCUGCAACGAUCUGGUUCACAUGCAGAAGCCCGAGAUGCCUCCACGGACAUCCUGACCUUCCCGAGCGUGGCAAGAGGUUGGCCUUGUGCCACCAGUGCCUCCUUGGAGGUGUCUGUCCGAAAUGUGGGGAAGAAAUACUGCAGAAUGCUGUGGAAGUCAUGCCGGCUCGUUUGCAAAGCGAGAGUGGGACUGGCUAUCCCGAGUCCAGCAGCGGAAGCAACCGUUUCACAAGCAAAACUCGGAAGCACUGGGACUCCGUCGGCUGGAGUGACUGGGAUCAGCCCCGGAAUCGGAGUUGGGGGCACUGGAACACUCCGAUGUGGGGUGGGGACGGAUGGGCACAGGCAGACUUUCCCUCUGAGUGGAACUGCUACACACGCCCGUAUUCUGAGAGAGUCUCCAUCAACCCACGGUCUGUAGGACUUGUCGUGGGCAAGAGAAACGAGACCCUCCGUGCGCUGAAAAAGCGACCAGGUAUCGAGGAUGUCGUCGUGCAAAGCGGCGGGCACAUCACAGAGAUACCCUUUGAAGGCCAAGGGUCUAGCUGGUGCACAGUGACAGUUACGGGCUGGAGUGAGCAAGCUGUUCGGGAUGUGGUGGAAGAGGUGCGGAAGUAUGAAAGCCGGCACAAGUGGGGCCAAAUGGGAGGAACUGGCGUGCGAAGCCUCCACGUAGACAUCGGGAAGGGAGGCCUUCGGAUGCAGGAGGCUGCCGUGGGGAUAGUUGCUGCUGACUUCAAGGCUUACAAGCAAGAACGAAGCUUCUACACCAUCAGCCGCUGUGACGGGAGCAGUUCACGUGCAAACCCAGGCCAACGAGGGAAAAGAAACGAUUCAUCCAUUCACGUUGGCCCGAAUCUUCCGGGCUUGCCGUGUCUUCUGCACGAGCUGGAGACAGCUUUGAGCGAUCUACCAACGGGAGAAGAUGCAAGGAUCGUCAUUCGAAUUGGGUGCUUGCUCUUCUCUGGUCUUGAUCGGGCCGCGCUCCGUUGGUCGCAGGAGGAAUUCGGGCGCCUCCAUCCGAAAUCCGACUUUCAGACCCAAUUCUCGAAGUUCGUCAAGGAUUCGGUGGCUGAGCGCAUCAAGCUGUUUUGGGAGCUGGAGCUCUUCAGUCGCCGGCGCGGCCGGCGCGUGCCCCAUCCCACGUGCGAGCAAAGUUCGGAAUUGCGCCUGGAGCUGCAGGAAGAGCGGAAGGACUUGCCGAAGGAGUUGGUGGUGGUUCUCCUCAACCCGGAAUUUGACCUGGAGUCGACGACGCGGCUCGGGCAGGGCUCCAUCAAGCAGGUGCACAGCCGUACGGGGAGGCGCCUGUCUGCGGACUUCUGCUUUGCAGAGGCCACAGAGCCAGAGCUCGGCUUGUCGUUGCGCCUCCAGGUCACCUCUGGACAAGACUGGGCUCAUGUCUGUCAUCUGCUGGAAGAGGCACCGAUUACAGAUGGCCCUCAGAACACCAAGCUCAUUACGCUCGCGCACAACGGUCCAGCGAAGUAUUCCAUCCGGGCGCUGAAGCGCGUGCACUGGCAGGAAACCUACGCCGGCAAGGGUGUUGCAUCGGCGACGUUCAAGCGACUCACAGAGAAGGAUGAUCGACAUGUCUUUCAAGGCGACAUCGAGAGCUGGGAGGUAGAAUUUACCUCUGGAGCCCUAGAUGUGCUCUUGAAGACCAAGGGACAAGAGCAGGAGGCUUGCCUGGAGUGCAAGAAGCUUGUCUCUGAGGUCCACAGGUUUAUGAGCUCCCUUGUGUCUCAGCCCCCAGCCUAG